GGUGACAGAGCAGCGGGAAUCCGACGGAGCUUUUACCCACCCCAAACAUUUUUUUUUUUUUUUUUUAGACACGAUUAUUAUUUAUCGUGUGCUUUAGUCAAGGGUGACUUUGCUGUGGACUUCCAUGAGAGGCGAUCCCCCCCGGGUGCGCGCACAGUCACGCGGGGAACCAGAGAGGCGCACCCCGCGGUACUGGACUCUCCUCUCCGCGGAGCCGGCUCACUUUUUUUUUUCUAUUUUUGGAUGGUUUUGCGCUGCUAAAAACCCCACAUAUAUUCAUAUUCUUUUGAGUCGUGACAUGUUGUCACGUAUCGAUGGAUUAUUGAACUCAUCGAACCUUAAAAGCGCAUUUUGAUCCAAAACCAAGACUGAGAAGUUGACAGGAGCUUUUUUUUUUUCUUUCUUUUUCUGCGUCAUCCAGGAUGGAUUUUGUGAGCCGCUUGCUUGGAUUGUUGCUGGCACUUUGUCACGUUGCGCUGCAGGUCGGCGCUGAAGAAGCCUCCAAGUGCAGGGGUAUCUUCGACGCCAGCGAAGCGGGUUACAUCACCUCCCCGGGAUACCCUCUGGAAUACCCGCCUCACCAGAACUGCCAGUGGGUCAUCACGGCGCCGGAACCCUCGCAACGCAUCGUCCUCAACUUCAACCCGCACUUUGAGAUCGAGAGGCUGGACUGCAAGUACGACUUCAUCGAGAUCCGUGAUGGGACUUCGGAAAAUGCAGACGUCUUGGGUCGUCACUGCAGCAACAUCGCCCCAGCGCCGAUUAUCUCAUCAGGUCCCUCCCUGCAGAUACGAUUUGUGUCGGACUACGCCCACCAAGGAGCUGGCUUCUCCCUACGCUACGAAAUCUUCAAAACAGGGUCGGAGUUCUGCUUCCGCAAUUUCACCAGCAGCUCCGGGAUGAUCGAGUCGCCGGGCUUCCCCGAUAAGUACCCGCACAACCUGGAGUGCUCCUACAUGAUCAUCGCGCCGGCCCACAUGGACAUCGCCCUCACCUUCUUGACCUUUGACCUGGAGAACGACCCCCUGAUGGUGGGAGAGGGGGACUGCAAAUACGACUGGUUGGACGUGUGGGACGGACUUCCGCAAGUGUCCCCGCUGAUCGGGCGGUACUGUGGUACCAAGAUCCCGCCUGAGAUCCAGUCAUCCUCCGGCCUGCUGUCCCUCUCCUUCCACACGGACAUGGCGGUGGCCAAAGACGGCUUCUCUGCCCGCUACAACAUGACGCGCAAAGAAGUCAGAGACUCGUUUCACUGUAGCAUGGUGCUCGGCAUGGAAUCGGGGAGGAUCAGCGACGACCAGAUCAGCGCCUCCACGAGCUUCUACGAUAGCCGCUGGUUGCCGCGACAGGCUCGCCUCAACAACCAUGACAACGCCUGGACGCCCUCCGAGGACAGCAGCAAGGAAUACAUCCAGGUUGACCUCCAGUUUCUGAAGGUCCUGACGGGCAUCGCCACCCAAGGUGCCAUUUCCAAAGAGACACAGAAGUCUUACUAUGUAACCGCGUUCAAACUGGAGGUCAGCACCAACGGGGAGGACUGGAUGAUCUAUCGGCAUGGCAAGAACCACAAGGUUUUUCACGCCAAUACGGACCCGGCCGAGGUGGUGCUGAACCGCGUACCGCAGCCUGUUUUGGCACGGUUUGUGCGUAUCCGACCGCAGACUUGGAGGAACGGCAUCGCCCUGCGCUUUGAGCUCUUCGGAUGCCAGAUUACAGAUGCGCCGUGCUCCAGCCUGCAGGGCCUGCUGUCCGGCCUGCUUCCCGACACACAGAUCUCCGCCUCCUCCAGCAGGGACGUGGUGUGGAACCCCAGCACGGCGCGCUUGGUGGCCAGUCGCUCCGGCUGGUUUCCCUCCCCUGCACAGCCCCUUGCUGGGGAAGAGUGGCUUCAGGUGGACCUGGGUGUGCCCAAAACAGUGCGUGGAGUCAUCACCCAGGGAGCGAGGGGGGGAGACGCAGGAAGCGGCGCAACGACAGAAAACCGCGCCUUUGUCAGGAAGUACAAAGUCGCUUACAGCCUGAAUGGAAAAGAAUGGAAUUUUGUCAUGGACAGAAAGACCAGCCUGCCCAAGAUUUUUGAGGGGAACACACACUACGACACCCCAGAGCUGCGGCAUUUCGAGGAGACGGUGGCCCAGUACGUCAGACUGUACCCUGAGCGCUGGUCUCCAGCAGGGAUCGGGAUGAGAGCGGAGAUACUGGGCUGUGACCUUCCAGAAAUCACCACACCCGCAGACACAGCCACUCCCACAGUCCCUGCCGGUGCCCAGACCACCACUUUCCCAGCGUCCACAGUCGCCACCGCAACUUCGGCAGACGGCGCGUGUGACUUUGAGCACGGCCUGUGCGGGUGGACGCACGACCCGAGCGCCCCCCUCCUCUGGUCCUUGCACAGCCACGAGCUCAACAGUCAUCUAUACAUCGAGGCCAGCCCGAAGACCGAGCAGCAGCCAGCCCGCCUCCUGAGCCCCACAGUGGCGGCCGACACUGGGCCCAUCUGCCUUCUCUUUUCCUACCAAAUGUGGGGGGAGGCCCAGGGGCACCUGAGGGUCCUGCUGCGGGACGCCCAUAAUGAAGAUACCAUCCUGUGGACCCUGAAAGAUGACCAGGGACCGGUCUGGAAGGAGGGCCGCACCAUCCUACCUCGCUCGCCGAAAGAAUACCAGGUCGUGAUGGAGGGCUUCUUUGCGCACGGCACCAGAGGACACGUCUGGAUCGACAACAUCCACAUGAGCUCCAGUACGCCGCUGGAAGAGUGUACACAACCCAUCAACGCCUUCUCUCCGGAUAUGACAGGGGGAGGUAUUCCCGUUCCUCCCUUCCCCAUCCACUGGUAUUACAUAAUGGCCGCCGGGGGCGCCCUCCUCCUCCUGGCGGUGGCCAUCUUGGUCAGGGCGCUGUGUUGCUGCAGACGCCACCUGGCCACCAAGAAGAGCCAGCAGUCAGUGGCGUAUCACAGCUCCUCGCAAUGCUUCCAGUACUCUAACUGGUCCUCCAGUAUGGCCGCCCCCGGGGUGGAGCCAGUCUUGACAGUGAGGCUGGACAGCCGGGACCGACACCGUACCCUGUGCUGAAACGAGGGACCGAGCAGGACGCCCCACGUGUGAUGUCAGUCGACUGACUUUGGACCCCAAUUACUGGAUGUCGCUUUGUUUCCUUCUUCCAUUGAGGAGUUUGAUAUUGAGGACUGGAUUAUUUAUGCCCAUUGAGAGCUCCCUGGUCCGCCAGAACCCAGACAGGUGGCCUGGGUGUCGCCAGGAAGAGCUGCCAAAGCACCAGCGAGAACAAGACCCCCCGAGGACGAAUGCGGCUUUAGAAAUGCUUGGACUUGGGCCUGCUUGGGGUGUCGGGAGGGACGGCUGCUCGAUUAUCCUUUCCCGGCCGAGCAUGCGCGCAUACGAGAAAGUGACGCAAUCCAUCACACUUCAAGUCCUGCAUUACUAGAGGAGAUAAGCAGAUUGCUUGAUGGACGUCCUCGUCUUCGGUUUUUCUUAUCCUCUGUCGUAAUAAAGCAUUCGCGCCGCCCACUCGCGUUCUUCUGCCAGCAUCUUAAGAGUUGGCCUGAUGAAAGCCCCGGUGUUUCCACCAGGAAUGUGUGCUGCCUUGUAAAAAAAAAAAAAAAAAAAGACGCAGCUGUCUACCUUCAUCCUUUCUUCCUUGAUGCUCGCGCCCACAAAUCUUACAGCGCCAUUAAAUCCACAGCGGCUCUGUAAUGUUGUUUACGGUGGUACCUCGGGAACUGCACCUUUUUUUUUGGAACUUUGCCUAUCAUUCACAAUCAUUAUGUAAGACAAGAAGACAUCUUCCUUUAUGCAUUCUAAAUAGUAAAUAAAUGCGAUCAAAAGUCAGCUUACGAUUACCGUAUUUUUCGGACUGUAAGUCGCAGUUUUUUUCAUAGUUUGGCCGGGGGUUCGACUUUUCUACUCAGGAGCGACUUAUGUGUGAAAUUAUUAACACAUUACUGUAAAAUAUCAAAUAAUAUUAUUUAUCUCAUUCGCGUAAGAGACUAGACGUAUAAGAUUUCAUGGGAUUUAGCGAUUAGGAGUGACAGAUUGUUUGGUAAACGUAUAGCAUGUUCUAUAUGUUAUAGUUAUAUGAAUGACUCUUACCAUAAUAUGUUACGUUAACAUACCAGGCACGUUCUCAGUUGGUUAUUUAUGCCUCAUAUAACGUACACUUAUUCAGCCUGUUGUUCACUAUUCUUUAUUUAUUUUAAAUUGCCUUUCAAAUUUCAAAUUUUAUCAAAUAAAUUUCCCCAAAAAAUGUGACUUAUACUCCAGUGCGACUUAUAUAUGUUUUUUUCCUUCUUUAUUAUGCAUUUUCGGCCGGUGCGACUUAUACUCCGGAGCGACUUAUACUCCCAAAAAUACGGUACUAUUCUGCCCGAGUCAUACCACAGACUACAAAAAUGGGACCCACUACCUCCCUGCUUGGCACUCAGCAUCAAGGUUUGGAAUUGGGGGUUAAAUCACCAAAAAUGAUUCCCGGGCGUGGCCACCGCCGCUGCUCACUGCUCCCCUCACCUCGCAGGUGGUGAUCAAGGGUGAUGGGUCAAAUGCAGAGAAUCAUUUCGCCACACUUAGUGUGUGUGUGACAAUCAUGGGUACUUUAACUUUAACUAUAAAGCCCUUAAAAAACAUCCAAACACCACCAUUAAGGUUUUAUAUACAUGAUGUAAGUAUAUAUGUAAUGUAGUAACAGGCACAUUUAUAAUAACAUUUAAUAUUUACGUAUUUUGAUCAUUUAAAGCAUUUAUUUCAAAAACGCUUCACCACAUGCACACUGAUUAAAACUCACUACAGACUUCAUGAGAGCCAACAAACAUAAUAAAACCUCACUUACUGUACAAUGUCUGCUGUCGUUAGUAUGCCCACUGCUAGGAUGUUCAUAUGUUCCCAUUUAGAUGAAGAAUGACUCAUAAUACUCGCGAAGAAAAGGGGGGGUGGAGCCAAGCGUCUUUUCGUGUCGUUCUAAAGUGUACUGACUUGUCGGCAUUAGGGUUGUACGGUAUACGGUUAGUAUAGUACCGUGAUACUAAUGAAUCAUGUUCUGUACUAUACCGCCUCUAAAAAGUACCGGUCCGGAUUUACCCAAAUUUGUGGUAUCAUCCAAAGCUAACGUAAAGUAUCCAAACAACAGAAGAAUAAGUGAUUAUUACAUUUUAACAGAAGUGUAGAUAGAACAUGUUAAAAGAAAAAGUAAGCAGAUAUUAACAGUAAUUGAAAAAGUAGAUUAAUAAUUCAUUUUCUACCUCUUGUCUUUAAUAAUUUUGACAAAAAAUUACACAAUAUGUUACAGCAUAAAGCAGCUAAAUUAAGAGCCUUUGUUUGCUUACUUACUACCAAAAGACAAGUUGUCUUGUAUGUUUACUAUUUUAUUUAAGGACAAAGGUGCAAUAAGAAACAUAUGUUUAAUGUACCGUAAGAUUUUUUGUUAAAAUAAAGCCAAUAAUGCUAUUUUCUGUGGUCCCUUUUAUUUAGAAAAGUACCGAAAAGUAUCAAAAUAAUUUUGGUACCGGUACCAAAAUAUUGGUAUCGGGACCACUAGUCGGAAUACAUCCUCAUCCUUCUACUAUCCAGGUGAGAGGCAUUAUUUAUGAUUUAGAAUAAACUUCCACGAGCUCUGACGUGAGAAAGCAACCCUCACCAGCCGAUGAUGUCAACAUUGACAGGCUAGUGAUCACGGCGCUGCUAUAAAUAGUUUGUCUGCGUUAGCCCUUAUAAUAAUAUUACCACUAAUACUUGGUUAAUAUUCAAGUCACGGAAUGUAAAUGAAGUAUUGUUGGCGCUUUUUGGAUGUUUUUUAUUGGGUUUUAUGGGCGGAAUAGAGGACCUCCCGUUGUAAGCGGACUUAUUUAGAAUGCAAAAAAUAUAUAUAUACAUCCGUCGUCAUGUCUCUCAUAAUCAUUUUGAAUGACUGGCAAAAUUCCUAAAAAAGUGCAGUUUCCCUUAGAAUGGUUCUGUGACGCAGCUCGUACCUCCAAAAGCCUGUUUUGUGAAGCAGCGUUGCCCAUUGAAAUGAGUUCAAGUCAAUUUAACAAGUGCAAAACACCACCUUUUUAUCAUUGCAAAACAACAGUAACAAUAGAGUAGAAUGUAUUUUUCGGACCAUAAGGCGCAUUAAAGGGGUCAUAGCAUGAUUUUUUUUUUUUGUAGUCUACAUAACAUGUGAUGGUGAUUCUUUGCUCAAAAUGUUGCAUAGAUUAUGUUUUACAGACCUCCUUCAAGCUGCUUUCUGACCAGGAUGCGGCGUUUUGUGCUGACAUAGUUUCAACACGUUCGCUGCUAUUUUUUCUAUUCGGAAUCCUGCACAAACGUGCAAAAAAAUCCUUGUUUAUUUCAACUGUUUUCCCUAAAACACACAUUGAGGCUAUAAACAUGAUUAAUCGAACAAACUAGACUAUCGUAUUUUUCCGAAUAUUGAGCGCGCCGGGAUAUAAGCAACACAACAUUUUAGAAUAAACAUUUUUUUCACAUAUAUUAGCCACACCGCAAAUGUAUACGCUGUGAAAUGAGUUAUUUGCACACCUUAAUUGUUUCCAAACGGUGUCUGUGACACAGCAGGAAAACGGCGUAUCAAACAAAACAGAAGCCAUUGUAGCAUCGUAGCUGUGGAAGCUAGCUCUCCAAUCAACUAAACAGACUCAAUAACUCUACGGUGACGUUUUGGGGGAAUUUACUGAGGAAUUUGUGAAACUGAAACAAUACAAAAAUAGACACUUGUAGACAAGUCAGCCAAUGCUGAUUUUCAAUUAUUGAUUGAAACUUUUACUAGUAGAUUGCACAGUACAGUACAUAUUCCGUACAAUUGACCGCUAAAUGGUAACACCCGAGUAAAUUCACGUUAAUCAAUUCAUUACAUUACGAUAGCGCGCAUGAAAACACCCCCACAGACAUCACACAUGGGACGGUUUCGUAAGUAAGAAUUGUUUUAGUUAAAUUGUUAAAACUGACAAAGAUUGCUUGGAGUGAUUAAUAAAGAAUCCUUCGAGCAGAACCGCUAUGGACGGCUUUACUUUCGGUUUGAGGCAAAACAGGAAGUACAUUUUCGUCUCGCAUCACCUGCAGUUAGCGAACUUGUCCAAAAGAUGGCGCCGUAGCACAAAUAAUAACACACCUUUUCAGUCCUCUGCGUGGGUUUAAUGAAAACUAUUGUACACAAAUCAUUACGGAAAUUAAUUU